AGGGACAGAGAGAGAGAGAGAGAGAGAGAGAGAGAGAGAGAGAGAGAGAAAGCGAGAUAAAGUAAAAAGAAAUAGGAGGAAGCGGGAGGAAACAGAAGGAAAGAUCAAAGGAAAGGAACAGAGAAACUUUCAGAAUCGAAAAGUUACCUUCUAGUUCCAAGUGUCGAUUAAAGGGAGAGCCGAAGGACAUCGGAAGAAGGAGGUGGAUACGAAACUCCAAACGAGACUUUGGCUGUCUCUAUUAAAUUCGAAUUAAUUCGUAAAGAAGAACAUCGAUCGAUAUCUCCGAAAAGGCUAACAACGUCGGUCCGUUGCGAACAAGGCUUUCGGUGUAUCACUACCACGUUGCAGCUGUUUGUGACUUCUCAGAGAAACUUACAGUUGAAGUUCAAACGAAGUUUUCGUAUUAUGACUCACGCAUAUCUUUGCGAGAAUGCGAAUCUUCUCUGAAAGAUGAUCUUUCCUUAAUAGGAAGCGGAAACAACAAUUUCGUUUGGCUUCUCUUUUCUAUCGGUUUGAACUUCUUCUUUCGGCUUCGAAAUUUACUGGAAAAGAAGGAUUCAAGGAAAGUCGUGUUACGCUUCGAUUUUAAACGACGAAUAGAUCUUUGAAUUUCGCAGAAGGGAAAACUCCAUCCCAGUGAAUUACCCAGUGAAUCAUUCCGCAACAAAUAAAUUUGAUUCUUAAUAGAAAAUUGAUUCGGCGUUCGAUUUGUUUGCGAUUACUUUCCAGUGGUGUGUCAUUACGUAAUAUAGAUGUGUGUGCGUGUACACGCGAUAUGUAACGUCGACGAAAUUAAUCUUUCGCUCAUUGUCAAAGGAAUUGAGUAAUUCGCAUAGUGUGACAUCCAAAACUAUGUCUGUCAAUGACUUGACUUGAUCUUGCGCUUCUAUCUAUAUUUCCGUGUGGAAAUAUUUUAACGAUCGAAAGAUAUUCUUGCAUUUCCCAUGGAUCGUCUCGGUGUACCAGUACACCGUAGAGGAGCGAACAAUGGGUAUGAGAAGAACGGAAGCUAAGUAGCAGGCUGUAGGUACGGGAACAGAGCGAGAACGCGACGAGGAAAGAGAAAUAUAAGAAACAGAGGGUCGCGAUAGAGAGGAGAGACGGGCGAAGAAAAAGGAGGGAAGAAGGAAGGAAAGGAAAGAGGAAAGAAAAGAAGCGGAGCAAGGGGAGAAAGAAGGAAUAAAUUAGCGAAGAAAGCGAAUAUACGUCGAAAAUAUGAGGACGAGUAGAACUUUCAGAGCUACGUGGAGGCUAACGUGGUUCAUCUGCCUUCUGGCUAGCAGUUUGGCGCAAACAUUACCAAUGUGUCCAGAUCAACGCGAGAUCUUACCCUGUUCCUGCACCAUGAAAAAGGCUGGCUUGGAUAUCGUCUGUGAACAGACCGAAUUAUCGCAUAUCUCCAAAGCCAUGAAUGCUCUCAAGGGGAAGCCAAAUACUGUCAUUUUCUAUUUGAGACUCAGGCACAAUAAUUUGCCGAAGCUCCAAGGUUACAUGUUUCUUGGACUGGAUAUACGUCAUCUUACUAUUCAUAAUAGUACUCUGGCUGCGGUUGAGGAAUCCUCCUUGAACUCGAUCGGAAACAAAUUGACACAGUUGGAUUUUUCGCAGAAUUAUUUAGCAACCGUACCAUCGAACGCGUUGAGAAAUCUUCAUCAUUUGCUUAUUUUGAAUCUCAAUCACAAUAAGAUCAACAGCCUUCAUGCCAAAGCUUUCGAAGGCCUCGACACGCUUGAAAUUCUUACUCUCUAUGAAAAUGAGAUAUCCUCGAUAGAAGCGGACGCAUUCAAGGGACUCGACAAUCGAAAAUUAAAACGUCUCAAUUUGGGAGGAAACGAAUUAACGAGCAUACCAACGUCUGCUCUCUCCACGUUGGAUAUGUUGAAGAAACUGGAGAUGCAAGAAAAUAGAAUACAAUCUAUCAAGGAAGGAGAUUUUGAAGGAUUGAAAAGUUUGGAUUCGUUAGGAUUAGCGCACAAUCGCAUUCGCACUGUACCGGCUCGUGCAUUUUUCCAUUUGGCGCAAUUAAAUUCUUUGGAGCUCGACGGAAAUGAAAUCAUUCAUGUCGAUCCAGAUGCAUUUAUCGGCCUUGAAGAGAAUCUACAGUAUUUACGAUUAGGAGAUAACAAUCUACAUGCGGUACCAAGUGAUGCGCUGAGACGACUCCAUCGUUUGCGUCAUCUGGAUCUAAGGGCCAACAAUAUAACCGUGCUCCCGGAGGAUGCUUUCACCGGUUACGGAGACUCGAUAUCUUUUCUCAACCUUCAAAAAAAUUUAAUCAAGGUACUACCACCUUUGGUCUUUGAAAAUCUCAAUUCCUUGGAAACGCUCAGCUUGCAGAACAAUAAACUUGCCCACAUACCGGAGGAAGUGACAGAAACGAUCGUCGAUACAUUGCGACAUAUCGACAUAACGGAUAAUCCAUUGAUCUGCGAUUGUGAGCUACGUUGGUAUCCAAUUUGGCUUCAAAAUCUUCGCGACGAAGACGGCGAGAUUAUGUUGAAGAAGCGUACGGUUUGUAUGAUGACGUCCGAGCAUCGAGAAUACUCUGUGCAAAAUAUACCGUUAGAAAAAAUGGGUUGCGUCAAGAGCAUAGAGAGAAUGUCGUCGAACGGAAUUUCCGUUUACCGAGGCGUCUGUUUCGCUUACUUCUUCGCAUUUGUUUUUAUCGGCUUGUAAACAUUUCAUCUUUGUCGUCGUCUCCAUUGUUGUCAUCAUUAUAAUAUUUUCUUUCUUAUUUUGUUGCUCAUUUUUUUUUUCUCUUCCUCGCGAGAAAACGUCCUUGUCACGAGAAAAAACGCGAUCUCAACGAAAAUUUGUUCAAAUUGUGUUAGCAACGCUUUCGUUAAUUUAUUUAACGUGCUAAGUAUUCGUUGAUUUUUAAUGAUAAAUUGAGAUCUCGUUCCAAUCGGACAGAGACAUCGAAUACGUUCUAUGAAGGAUAGUAAUAUUUGACAAAGUAAAUGAAAUUCAAAACACUGCUAAAGCGUUUCUCAUUUUCUAAUAGUAGUUAUACUUUCGAACGGAAUAUUCGUAAGUAACUGCGACAAUCGAUAGUUCUACGACGACUAGAAUAUUUCUCUUAGUAGCUUAGCUCUUCUGAGUACGUUUCUACGUUGCGGUACUUGCAAAAAAUAAAGUUUCAUUCACAUAAGACAGAGACUAAGAAGAGAGAGAGAGAGAGAGAGAGAGAGAGAGAGAGAGAGAGAGAGAGAGAGAGAGGCGUGAAUUAGAAUGCGAAUGGUUCAAUAAUCUUAUCGUCGUAGUAUUCUUCAUUUAAUCGACAUAAAUGAUCGAAGAAUCGUCUCAUAAUUGAUGUAUUCACAAGAAAAGAAGAAGAAAAGAAUUACGACAAAACAGAAAAGAAAAAUUCCGUCGAUCUCACGGAAGCAUGUCUCGUUUUCUACGGGCACGUGAACUUUCACCACCAAAACGUUACAUAUCAAUAUCGUUGCCAAGCAUUUUGUGAAUAUUCGUUAAGAUCGCACAAGCGAGAGGAGAUUAAUGUAAUUGCUAAAGAAGAAAAAAAAAUAAAAAAGAAAGGUCCCUCUAACAAAAAUAAAAUAAAAAGAGAAUAUAAUUAAUUAAUUAAUAAUACUAAUACUAAUAACAAUUAAUAAUAAUAAUAAUAAUAGUAACAAAAUUAACAUUAAUAAUAAUAAUAAUAAUAAUAAUAAUAAUAAUAUCAACAACAACAACAACAAUAGUCCUUUCACAUAAACAUCAACGCAUUUCUGAUGGGACAACCGAUUCGUCGAUUUCCUUAAACAGACUUGCGACGUUUUAAUUAUUCGUACGCCAUGAACUCUUUUUUACAUUGAUUAAAGAGAUAGUUUCAAUGCGAAUACCGACGAAAUCAAUUUUUAUGAGAACGAAUUCCUUUAUAAUUAAUUCAGCAAUACGAAAUUGCUGGAGUAUAGACGGCGAUAUUAUAAUUAAAUUAUAUUGAAUUCUCUCAAGUCGAACCACGCAAAGAACGGGCUAUUACAAAGGGUAACGAUAUCUUCAGUCGAUUCAGAUCGUUAAUUCUCUCGGCUAUCUCGUGUAAAGGUCCAUGUAGCCUUUGAAAUGACAUAACAACUGUUGAUGACUCCUAAUACACCGUACAGGAAACCGACACUUGUCAAAGUCGGUAGAGUACAAACGCAGUUAUUCAAAGAUCUCGUUACUUCUCUUUCGUGACUUCAUAAAUCUAAAUGCAGAUACUGAUGUGCACGCUAAAAUUAUUAUUAUUACCAAUAACCAUUAUACCUACGUACGUAUGGUAUACGGUGAUUCUUUCCCAUAAAAUUGCUUUCGUUGAAAUCUUUAAAAUGAAAGGAACGAUAUUAGCCCAGAAUCAUAUUGUACGAAUAAUAAUCAGGUUACGUAUUUUAUAAAAUUACGAGCUACAUGUUCGCCAUUGAUCGAUAUAAUUGUUGAUCGAUUAUUUGUAAAGAUUUGUAUUCACGUGAGGUAAUAGUGGGUAUAAUCAUUAAUAAUUAUUAUUGGUAUCGUCAUCUGUCAUUACGCAUGAUCGUUCUCUAUAAUAUCAACCUCUAUAUUCGAUUAUACGAAAUUACCAGUUAUUAAUAAUAAAAAUUACACGUUAAUGACGAACAUUUCUUGUAACAAGAUCUUUAACGAGAUAUUAUCGAUAUCGAAGAAAUAUUUACGUGAAAAGUGACGUUACAAAAGCACUAAGAAAGUAAAAUAUGUUUCACAAUUUGAUAAGAGAUAAAUAAAUAAAUAAAUAUAUAAAUAAAUUAUAUAAACAUAAUAUAUAGAUAAAGAUUAAUAUAUUAUAAUUAUUUUUUUAUAUUAUUAUAAGUAUUAUUAUUAUUUUAUAUUUUCUCGGGUACCAAGAUGAUCAGUUCUUUAUGGUAUUUGUAAUUAUUAUUAUUAUUAUUUCAUUAUUAUUAUUAUUAUUAUUAUUAUUAUUAUUAUUAUUAUUAUUAUUACUACUAUCAUCAUCAUCAUCAUCAUCGUCGUCGUCAUCAUCAUCAUCACCAUCAUCAUCAUUAUCAUCAUCAUCAUCAUCAUCAUUGUUAUUAUUGCAUUUAUUAUUAUUAUUAUUAUUAUUAUUAUUAUUAUUAUUAUUAUUAUUAUUAUUAUUAUUAUUAUUAUUAUUAUUAUAUUAUUAUAUAAAAAUACAUAUCGGAAUUAGACUAAGUAUAAUAACAACGUGAUUUUGUCACCGACGACUCUCUUUUAUUUGAUUCGAUAUUUUUAAUGGAUAUCAGUGAAAAAAAUAGAGAGUUAUGUUUUCCUUUUUCUUGUUACACAUAAAUAAUCAUCAAUCAUUUUCUUUUUCUUUUUGUACUGACUUAAUAUUUAACACAUUUUUUACAGUUUCAAGAAGAUACCUAAAAACAAGAACAUGACAUUAAUAUAUAAUUUAUCAAGGAAAAGACAAUAAUUUCUGUAGAAUUUUUGUUUUUCUCCUUCGAUUGAGGGUUAAAGGUGCACAUAAAUAUUACAACACACACACAUAUCAUUUACAUGCAAGAUUAAAGACGAAAGAUUAAAUCGUAAGGUAAUAGUUAAUCGAAGUUGGAUUUAAAGACUUCGCAGCUUAUAAACACUAAAAAUCGUAUACAUAUCGUGACUGUAUGAGAUUUCAAAGAAUUUAUUUGUUAAUAUAUAUAAAUAUAUGUGUGUUACAUAUAUACACAUAUUAUCAGUAAAGAUAUAUAUAUAUAUAUAUAUAUAUAUAUAUAUAUAAAUACAUACACACAUACAUUUUACAUAUGCGUAUUAGAUGUUUUUUUUUUAAAGAAACUGAACAAAAAAUACCAAGCCGUUGCACACAUUUUAUCUAAGCCUCGAUCUUUCUUCUCUUGUUUAGUUAUUAAUUAAUAGUUUAUAAAUAUAAUAGUUAAUAGUUUAUUAAUUAUUAUCUCUUUUAAACUUUUCAUUUUUUUGUCACAUACAAAAGCUAUAAUGUGAAAUACCAAAAUUUCUCGUUUAGGUUAUUCGAUCUUUAAUAAUUCUGUCAACGCAUUCUAAAACUUUAUCUGAAGUAGAAGAAAGAAUUUUUGUUGUAUAAUAUAAUAAUUUAUAAUUUGAAAUUGAUUCGCCGUAUAUGACGAUUCUCUAAAAGCCCUAUAUAAUAACAUUGAGAAUCCGUAUUAGGUAUAUCUGAAGAUUCAUGCAUGACACAUGAAAUUCAUGCAAUUUAUGUUGGACGAAAGAGAAUAUUUCGGCGGAGAUAGUCUUUACGAAAACGUAAAUCUGCCGUAUUUAUUGAUAACUACAGAGGAAUUAGGUCGGAUACUUUCUUUUUAAGGUACGCAAUAUAUCGUACCUCAACCCUAUGCUCAGCAAAGUUAUAUGUAACGGCAAGGUAAAAAAUAAGUAAUAGCUAGGAAAAUAUAAAAAGAUGCAAAAGAAAAAUAUUAGUGACAUUAGUACAGUAGCACUUGUUACAAAGGGUCAGAAGUCUAGUUUGCGAAUUUUAACUUUAAAAUCUUAUGAAGAGAGGAAUAAACGCACUAUAUCAUGAUAGAGAGAAUAAGCAUAUGCGAAACUUCUAUUAAACUAUUGAAAAUUCUUUUUUUUUCAUCCUUCUUUUUAUUGUUGCUUCGUAACUAUUCAUGCUUCAUAAAAUUCUUUAAAAAUAUUGUUUAUUCCAAGGAUUGUCAUUCUUCAGGUGCAUCGAUUUAAGCGUUUAUCAACUUAUAGACUAGAUUCUUCAUAAAAAUAAAAGAAGAAAAGAAAGUUUCAAUUGUCUCGUUGAUUUGAUCUAACAAUUGUUAGAAAUGGAAAAUAAAUAAAUUAGAAAAUAAAUAAAUGUUAAAGCUUUAGUGAUCGGCCAUUACGACCAUGACAUCUGACCCAGAAGUUAUUGUAGGAAAUGUACCUAUCGUAGAAUUUAUUAAUCACGUAGAGAGAAAAAGAGAUUAAUUAAAAGAUAAAAAAAAAGGAAAAAAAAAGAAAAAAAAAAGAAUGAAAGGGAAAGACCCCCGUGUGCGUUAUAAUCGGCGUAACGGUGGGAAAACCCGAAAGAACCAUGUCAAGACAUAUCUUUCAAACGUGCCGCCGUCAUUCUCGUCGGGCGCGUCAAUUAAUAUUAUUAUAAACUAAUUAUUAUAAACGGUAUUUUUGUACAGUGUCUUACAGCGAGUCGGACGACGUGGUCGGCGCGGCCGACGCACUCGACGAGAUCGUCCGUACAACGUCCUUAAAUUUUAUCGCAAUCCUAGUGCGUAAUAUUCCAAGAAAAGAAAAAAAAAAGAGGAAAAUGAAAAAGAAAGAUGGAUAAAAACAGAAGCAAAUUGUAAAAGUAACGAAGAAAUCAACGAGAAUAGAGUCAAAGUAAAAAAAAAAUUUCUUGGAAAGAAUCCUAUACACAAAAAGAACAUCCUUCUUCAACUAUUAACCAUUUCACCAAUUAUUUCAAUUAUUCCAAUCUUCCUGGUAUAAGUGAAGGAUAUAUGGAAUUUAAUUUGCUACUAAAAAUUGUCGGAGUAAAACUAGAUUACAAAAUUUGUAUUAUGAUUAUUACAUUCCAUGCUCUUCUAAAAUACUCUUACUUCGCUUUUUUCAUGUGUGCAAGACAAAAGAAUCAGGAGAGACAAAGACAGAGACAGAGACAGACAGACGCACACACAGAAAGAGACAGAGAGAGAGAGAGAGAGAGAGAGAGAGAGAAUAUCUCAUAUAUGUACAUUUUCUAUAUUAAGCAUAAUAUAUGUAUAUUGUAUACACAGAAAGACACCUACGCAAGUAUUACACAAUACACGUGCAUUACUACAAGACAAUGGAUAUUACCUCUUGUAUCUACAUCUUGUGUGUUUUCUCUUUUAUUAAAAUAUACAUAUACUUAUAUUAUAUAUAUAUAUAUAUAUAUAUAUAUAUAUAUAUAUAUAUAUAUAUAUAUAUGAGCAUUAGUGAAUAUGAAUUAUAUAUAAGUAAGCAUAAAUAAAACGUAUAAGGUUAUAAUUCACACAUUCACACGAGAAUAAGUCGCGUGGCUGUGUGUGAAUGUAUUAUGAGACGUACACGUAUACAUGUAUGUACGUGUAUUUUAAUAGAUAAAAUAAUAAAUUCUUUAUUCGUAUAUAUAAAACAGGAAAGAAACAUAUUUAAGGAAUGUCACAGAUACACACAACAGACACACCUUAUGCCUAAAGAAGCUAUAUCGAUGUUAUACAUAUAUAUAUAUAUAUAUAUAUAUAUAUAUAUAUAUGUAUGUAUGUAUGUAUGUAUGUAUGUAUGUAUGUAUGUAUGUAUGUAUGUAUGUAUGUAUGUAUACACACAUACAUACAUACACACACGUGUGUGUGUAUAUAUAUAUAAAUGCAUAUAUUAUGUGUAUAUUAUAUAAAAAACAUACUCCAUAUACACGAAAUUUCAUCUAUAUGUCUAUACAAAAAGUCAUAUACACACACACACACACAUUCAUUAUUGAGAUUAACUGCUACGUGAUAUCGUAUUUACAAAAGAUCUUUUCUCCUCGAAAAUAUUCCCAAAACACCUACUUCGAUUUCCAAUCUACGUGUCAUUAUUUAUUAUGUCGUUAACGAUUAACUGUGUACAUGUGAGAACUUUCAAAUGAAAUAAAAAGUAUCUAAGCAAAAGUCAAAACGA